AUGAACAUCCAGCAGCACCACCAGCAGCCUCAACAGGGACCCAUCCCGAAGCAGCACCAGCAGCCUCAACAGCAUCAGCAGCUUCACCACGGACCGCCUCCUCAGCAGCUUCAGCAGGGACCGCCUCCGCACCAGCCUCAGCAACUUCAGCAGCCGGGAGGAUUCUACAACCCUCACCCUCAGCAAGGCGGAGGUCCCAUCCCGCCUGGAGGUUUCAACCAGCCUCCUCACCACUUCGGUGGCCCUCCGCAGCAGGGAGGUUACAACCGGCCCCCUCCCCACUUCGGUGGACCCCAGCAGCCCGGGGGCUUCGCGCAAACCCCUCAGGCUGGAGGACAGCCUCCCUACGGAGGUCCCAACCAACUUCCUCACGCCGCUUUCCCAGGCGGAGGUCCGCAGCCCUUUCCCCAAGGGCAGGGCCCCAACAUCUUCGGACCCGGACAAGGUCCACCCUUUCCUCAAGGGGGAGGAGCCAUGGGAGCCGUUCCCAACAACUGGCUGGGACCUCGCUCGGCGUGGUACUUCAACAUGAAUGACCCCAAGCAGCGCCGCGUGGUUUGUGGAAACAUCACAAAGCGAGUGCAAGAUGACAUGAAAACGACGAAGUACGAGGGACCGCCUGCGCAACCGUCUUCCUCGGCUAUCCUUACAGCCAGGAACGACCCCGUCUGCUUCCAGGACUCGGUCAUCACCGCCUUCUCCAAGGAAUCGGGAGGGAUUCUCACUCUGCCGACUGACGACAUGACGUACCAUCCACACACGGGCGUCGACAUCGUUCACCCGAGGCCUGACUGGCUUACUACCACUCGAAUGGAGGUCCUCCUCGACCUCCUGCCGAACGGGCUAGGAACGGUGGCGGAGUACAACACUUCCACCAACCAAGACAUGAAGAUCCAUGAUCUUCGCGGUGGGAAGCGCAGCGUCCCGCAGACCCACGUCACUGUCAUGGACUUCCUUCGUCUGUUUCUGGAAGAGGAGUGGAGGAAACAUGCUACGAAGGUGGCCGCAUCCACCGCAUUCAACUCCAUUCAGAUCCGGCCCCAGGAAUCCUGGCUGGCCGUGGCGGAACGGGUGAUCCAGAUCUACAGGGCUUCCACGGUCGACCCGGCACUGCCCUUCUUAACCGAGGAGACCUACUUCUGGUCUCAGCUAUCUGCGGAUCAGCUCGAGCUCAUCCAGGAGAAGACGAUCGAGCUCUGCAUCCCUUCUACUACGGAUCGUGCAGCGAAGGAGGCGCUUCUACAGGUCCAGCGAGAGUACCACGGACCACGGCUGGAAGCUAUGCCUGUCGUCAAACACCUCGUGGGCCUACAGCAAAUGAACGAAAGAGGAGCCCUGGUAAAGAGCAUCUUCAAGAAAUUUUCCCAGGGCUUGGCCAAGGAUGCCGGCAAGUACCUCCAGCCAUCCCAACAACCAAAGACGGCUGAAGUGAACACUCUCAAGUCUAACAAGAUGCCCAUCCACCUAGCCGCGCAGCAACUUCCGACUCGCACCUCCGCCGACUCCCGGAAACCGGCGGCUCCCCUCUGUGCGAUCGGUGAUGCUGACGACAACAACACCUUCGAAGACAACAACGGCACCUUCGAGGACAACAGUGGCAUCAUCGACACCAGCAGAGUCGACUUCGAGGGCACCUUCGGCAACUUCGACUACCCUUCGGGCACGUCUGGAACAGAGCAACUCAUGGCCCUUGCUCACCCGGAUGGAUCCACCAGGAAGCGACAGUGGACUGACCAGGAAACGUCACGGGCAGCUCGACCGCGACGUUCCAUCGACGACCGGCCGAAUGCCCCGCGGCUCUCCGAGAGGCAGGGAACUUUCUCCCCAGGAACACGAUCUACGGGGAACCGCAGCCAGGGCCGGAAGAGGGCUAUGCCUAAAGCUGAACUCCCAUUGGACGCCCCGAAGCCCGACUCCGCGCCGGAAGAAAUCAAACGGUACAUCUUCAGCAAGGGCGUGUGUAUCUCUCACGCACGGGGCCUCCAAUGCUCCAACAUGGUGAACCAGGGGUGCUGCCCGUACUCACAUGCACCACAGCCUGUGCCGUGGGGAGCCUACCCGUUCUCUAAGGGGCAGCAGACCAACCCGAACCACCACGAAAAGGAACUGCUACUACUUCAGAUCUUCAUCUCUUCCAGAGCCCAGAUCAUGGUAAUGGAAGCCCCCGCUAGAUUCACGGGGAUAGAGGUGUGGCGAGUCACCUUGGCGCCUCAGCUGCAAAUGGCUGGCUGUGAAGUGGAGACAGCAACCUUGAAGGCGACCUCUGUUGGUGUGCCAACCAACAAACAGCGAGUAUUCGUCGUCGCAGUCAAGCGCUACGGUGACGACAACCUGGGAUCCAAACUACAACGGUGGAAGCAGAAUGUGGAGCGAUCAGCCCCAUCAAUUCCCACGGUGGGUGAAUACCUGGGGAGAGCAGGGUCCUUUUUCCUCAAACGGGGAGCCCUGCACAAGGAGAUCUUCUCUUUCGCUGAACCGACGGUGACGAUUACCAAGGAUCACAUCAUGGCUCGUAAACCACCGGUGGAGGAAUACCAAGCACAUCUCAAGGAUUGUGGGACGUUGGAGGAAGCUCAAGAGCUGUCGUGGACCGACUGCGUGAAGCUCACCACCACUCGUGAAGACUUGGUCGUCCCGAACACUCUUCGAAGACGGGAUGUGGCCAGGGUGUUGGAUGAGUGGACACUACCACCGAUGCUACGGGAGGUGCUAAGCCUGCUCCAACUUCGUGGAAGGGAACGAAGGAUGGUGGAGGCUUUUGGCGAGCCAGCACAAAAAGAGGAGGGACAGCCACAACAGGAAGGCGAACUUCUCAUCGGGCUUGCUGCUCUACAGCUAGACGCAACGGCACCGGUAGGGGAGACAUCUACAGGUCGUCAACGGCCGUUUGACCGAUCUCGCUUCAAGGUUAUCCCCAGAGAAACCAGAGCCGCAGCAGCUGCGCGACGAACGCGAGAGGCUAGAGAAGCACAGGCAUCGUCCGAGGCGGAACCACCACCCCCAUCAACGGAACCGGAACAGCCUUCCACACCGCCUCCGAUCCUGCAACCGUCCCCAAGUGCGACAGAGGACCUACAGCGAGCUUCGACUCCCGCGCCGCAGGACCCUUCGCCUCCUAUCGAGCCGGUACCAUCAUCUCCUCCAUCUCCGGUGAACGCAGACCCCGACACCAGUAUGCCUGAUGUGGAACUACCCACUCCGGCUGUUGAUGGCGGGGCAAGGAAGGUGAGUGUGCCGACGUUUCGAGGUCACUCAGAGCAACUGGAAAAGAUGGAGAGAAUUCUUCGCGAUCCUGUGCAACUAGCGGACGAGCAGCAGAAGGACUUCAUGCUUGGUCCUAUCCGGAAAGAUCUGGAGAACGGAAAAAGCGAAACAAGCGACUACAUCCUGGAUGACCAGAGUCUACUCUUCCACGCGCCCCGCGGCAAACUACACGCGAUCGCGCUGCCGAGGAGACUGAUUCCUGGAGUGUUGGCUCUGGCGCACGGGACUUUUGCGCAUCCAGGACGGGCGCGUACCACUAUCAUCAUCGCCGGCAAGUAUCACUGGCCCUCUCUCAAGAAAGACGUACGGCGCUACGUUGAAUCGUGCCGGUGCCGCAUGAAAAAGAGGCAGUGGAGCAGACAGCUACGCAUGCUGCCAGCCCGCUUCCUGCUGCCGUGGCAAGUCCUGGAGCUGGACAUCCUGGACACGAAGACAGUGACUGCCCUGGGCAACAGGUACUUACUGGUGGUGGUGGACCGAGCGACCAAGUUCCUUUUCGGGUUCCCGCUACCGACCAAGGAGACCGUGGGAGUUAGCCGCAAGCUUCUGGAGUUGAUUCUCAUCUUCGGACUACCACUUUCGAUCCGCUGCGACCCGGGGAGAGAGAACACAUCUGAGAUCAUGGAACACCUAUGCCGCUGGUUGAAGGUGUCCCUUGACUUCGGGCCUGCCAACCACCCCAGGGGGCAGGGAACUGUGGAACGGAUGGGAGCAGUUCUGGCACAGCUACUCUCGGAGCUUUGCCAGGCGUGGCCGCAGCGGUGGGACGAGUACGUCGCCAUCGCUACCUGGGCGCACAGGAUGCAGCCGGAUGAGAGUCUUCCCGGCAACGUCUCACCGUACCAGAUGCUGUUUGGCCGAGCUCCGCGGACACCACUCGACCAGCUCUCACCAUCUUUGGACAACUCGGGAUCUGCGCUUGGCCUAGAGUCGUCAGUGGAGGAGACUCGCCGGAAGCACAUCGAAGUGACCGACGCUCUACGGAAGCGACAAGCUGAGAAGAACCGGCACCGCGACCUUCAGAACGCGCGAAUCUCGAGGGCAUCCCCGGGAGCGAAAUCGCGGGUGGGAGACAAGGUCCUAGUGAGAGAAAGUGCCAGCACUCUCCACCGCGAUGGGGUACACCCCAAACUCGCCCACGACCACUUCACGGGACCCUGGGUGGUGGUCAACGUCGUCAGGAUGGGCCUGAGCUUCACCGUUCGACUUCACGGUCGCCAAGUACGACAGAGGACGGUGGUAGCUUCCGACAUGAAGCAGUUCUACUCGCGGCCCCUGGACCUACGACUGCCGUUCGAGGACGAGUUCUCACACUUCGUGUGGGGACCAGACUUGGGACUCGUGGAGGACUCCGUCGUCGCGGCCCCUCUCUACACGCUGGUCGACCGGAGAACCACGCAGGGAGCUGGAGGAGCGUCUACUGCGUGGGCGUGGGAAUACCGAGGAAAAUAUCAGGAUGGCACUACGUCGUCUUGGCUCACCGAGGACACUGUGAAGGACAGCUUCUCUCCGCUGCAACUCGACGUCUUCCACGCUCUGUGGGAAGAUUACCACGGGAGCGACGUCGCUCCGCGACCACCGGGAGCACCGACUCGAGGAGAGCGUGAGGUGGCCACCAGGGAGGCCGCCUUACAGGAGUUUCCAUUGAACACAGAGGUAGCCAAGGAGCUCCGAGACAAGGACGACAACAUCAUCCUGAGCCGCGGAAAAGUCUGCGACUUCUACGAUCCUUACUGGAGGGUGGAGUUCAGUGAUGGAGACUGGGAGGAGUUUACCCGGAGAGAACUACGCCAUGGCAUUGCUUUGGCAUCGCAGAUUCCGCCGGCUUCACAAGAGGCCUAA